AUGGUGAUGCAACAAGAAAGGAAGAUAAAUGGAACUCUAUUUGCAAGCAACAAUGUUGUUGAAGAUGGAACAGGUAUGAUAAAUAUUGUUGAUGGAACAAAGCAAUCAAUUGGUAGAGGAAGAGGAAAUGGUAAUUUCUCUGCAGGCAGAGGAAGAGGAAAUCUUAAAGUUUGUGCCUACUGUGGUAAAACAGGGCAUAUAAUUGAUAACUGUUACAAGAAACAUGGAUACCCUCCAAGCUUUGGAAGAGGAAAUUCAUAUGUUAAUCAAGUGGAGGUAGAUGACUCUGAAAAAUGUGCCGCUACAUCAACAAGUGACAAUGGAAGCAUGUCUCUUACUAGAGAGCAAUAUCAAAACUUGAUGAUGUUACUUGAGAAGAAUACAGGCUCAAUCAAUAUCACUAAGGGAGAUAAAUCAUACUUUGCUAACUUCAAUGCUAGGAGUAGUGCAAAGAAGGGAUUGAAGAAGAUUGGUUUGGCUAAAGAGCUUGAUGGCUUAUAUCACUUGGAAGACUCUGAAAGAGAUAGUAAUAUAGCUAUAUACCUACUAGUGUACAUAAGGCAUGUGUAUCAACAGGCUAGACACAAAUGUUUGUCUUUUUCCACAAGUAAUAACAAUGCAUAUGAGGUGUUCGUUCUUAUUCAUAUAAACAUUUGGGGGCCAUUUAAUACUACUUCUGUACAUGGAUUCAAAUAUUUUUUAACCAUUUUAGAUGAUCAUAGUAGGCAUGUGUGGGUUGUCAUGUUGAAAUCCAAAGCUGAAGUAGGACAAAGAAUAAAGGACUUUGUUGAAAUGAUUGAGACACAAUUUCCAAAGAAGGUCAAAAUAAUUAGAAGUGAUAAUGGGACUGAGUUACUCAUGCCUGUGUAUUAUGCUUCAAAAGUUCUGCAUGUUGUAUUCGUCAUGAAUCGUAUUCCUACUAAGGUCUUGAAAAACAAAUCCUCCUAUGAGGUUAUGAAUGGUGUUAUUCCUGAUCUGAGUUUGCUUAGAGUGUUUAUUGAAGUGGUUCCUUAA